AGUAAACAUAUUGAAAACAAACAGGAAGAGAAUGAAACAGAGCAGAUUAAGUUGCUUGAACCUGAUCUGACCAAAAACAACUGCAGCAGCAUCAUCAAAUAAAUAAAAGAAGACGAAGGAGAAUAGGUUUUCACAAUUGUGGGGCAUGGCCAAACUUUAUCUAACGCCAGUGUCAAAAUCAUCAUCCGAGACGAGCCUAUGAUGAACAUUCCUCUUCUCAGUGAGGGAGAGAAGGCCGAUCUGACAUGUUCAGCUCCUUUUCCUUGUCCUGAAACUCCUAAUAUAACAUGGUGGAUCAGGACAAGAGGGGGACACAGCACUUAUCUAAAGGACAACAUCACUCUGAGCACCUCCGAAAGCCUUUCCCUCUCAACUUUGACUCUAACUCCAACCUGUGACGAUCACAAUGCCACUAUAGGAUGUGACGUGAGCUACGGAAGCAAAAUCAUCAGUACAAAUAGGACCCUCGAAGUCACGUAUAUAUUCAUGAACCAAGCGUCUGUUGGAUCUGUGACGAUAACCACUGUGACAAAGGAGCAUGCUGGGGUUUACAGCUGUAUGAGGACAUUUCAGAACAAGACCCUGAAUGCAUCCAUCACUUUAAAUAUAAUUUAUAAAGCAGCUUUUCAAGUGAAUAUGGACAUCAAAACAAUCACAGCAUUUCUGAUGGGAAUAUCAACUUCAGCAGUCAUCUUCUCUGUGGUUUUGUGCUGUCAAGGGUCUUGGAAAAGGGACAAGACAUAUGGAGUGGUAGCCACGAACACAUACACUGAAGUUGUACUGGAAUAUUUUCAAGGAAAAAAUUUAAGGAGAUACUGUAUGAAAGAGUGAGAUUAAUCAUUUGGAUUAAAUGAUUUGAAUUUAUAACUUAUAGUUUUUUUUUUAUUAUCAUGUUGGAUAUAGAUUUUUCUGAAAUUGUAAAAUAUAAUAUAUUAAGUCACUUCUUCACAAAUUUAGAAACUUAAUUCUGUCUGAGUUUAUCUUUGUUAUUGCUGAAUGAUUUCUCCUUGUUCAGAGAUAUUUUCUUUGACAAAUAAAACAGUGUUAAUUAA